GAGAGCCGGUUGAGUCAGGAAGGAAAAUAUUUAUUGAGGGCAACGGUGUCUAUUUUAUCGAGGUAUCAUAAUGUAAGUAGAUUAAGUAAAAACAUUAUUUUUUAUUCGCUUCUUCUAAAACAUCAGUCUGUACGUUUAGUUUUUCGAGCGAUCAGAUGUGUAAGUUUGAAGACGUGUGUGACAGCUUUUUAAACACGUAAAAUCUGGAGCUGUUUUAGGUUUGUUUGUCAAUGAAUGCUAUCCACUGUUCAAGUGUAACUGCAGACAGAACGGUCUUCAUGUGAAUGAUUUGUACGGCAGUCUCGCCCGUGACCGAGCGGGAGCUAACAGAAUGAACAGAUCUGCCCUUUGGCAGAUUGUUGCCUUGCUCAGCCCAUCUGCCACUGGGAGAGGCUAACAGUGAAGCAGCAUGUCCAGUGGGAAUGAGUCCUGUCUGUUUAAGAACGGAUCCAUCAGCUUCUUCUCCUGCUUAGUUCACGUCUGGGAGGAGUGGGCAGGACUCGGGCAGCUCGAGGACUACCUCAGUUUCUUGGAGUAUCUGCUAUGGGUCUUCACACCUCUAGCCAUAGUCUUCAUUCUGCCUUUUCUCAUAGUUAUCUUCCUCUAUCUGUCCAUACUCUUCCUCCAUGUAUACAAACGCAAAAACCAAUUGAGGGAAGCUUAUUCCAAUAACCUGUGGGAUGGUGCGAGAAAAACUCUGGCAACCCUAUGGGAUGGACACGGUGCUAUUUGGCACGGUUAUGAAAUCCAUGGUUUAGAAAAGAUUCCAGAUGAAGGACCUGCUCUCAUAGUCUACUAUCAUGGAGCUAUUCCCAUAGACUACUAUUACUUCCUGGCAAGUGUUAUCAUUCAAAAGGGAAGAACUUGUCAUUCGGUGGCUGAUCAUUUUCUGUUCAAGGUCCCAGGGUUUAAGCUCCUCUUGGAGGUGUUUAGUGUGAUCCACGGGCCGCAGGAGGAGUGUGUGAAGGCCCUGCGCAACGGCCACCUCCUGGGCAUCUCUCCUGGAGGAGUGCGGGAGGCCCUGUUCAGCGACGAGACCUACCCUCUGCUCUGGGGCAAACGCAAGGGAUUUGCACAAGUGGCCAUUGACUCUAAAGUGCCAGUUAUACCCAUGUUUACUCAAAACUUGAGGGAGGGAUUUCGCUCUCUUGGGACGUUAAGGUUUUACCGCUGGGUGUAUGAGAGGUUUCGUCUACCGAUAGCACCCAUUUAUGGAGGUUUUCCAGUCAAAUUUCGCACCUACUUGGGUGACCCCAUUCCAUACGACCCCAAGCUCAAUGCAGCUGAGCUGGCGGAAAAGGUGCAACAGGCAGUUCAAGCACUUAUCGACAAACACCAGAAGAUACCUGGAAACAUCCUCCGAGCUCUUCUAGAGCGAUUCCAAAGGGAGCGCAAAGAAGAUUAGCACACUUGCCUUCUCUCAGACUGAACAAAUAAAUAUGCUUUAAGCAUAAUUUAACUGAAUACUGGAGAUUUUAUAAUAUUGUUACAUUAUAAAAUUAGGAAACGUUACUGACACUGUAAUGGACGUAUCGGCAUAUAUCGCAAUGUUGCAUAUCAAAUAAUGGUGCGUGUCUUUGUAACGUCUUUUUACAUGUAGUCUUGUGCAUGUCGAAGAGUGUUUUUGUGAACUUUUUUAAUAUAUAUAUAUAUAUAUAUAUAUAUAUAUAUAUAUA